AUGGUUGUGGGCUGGGGCAUAAUCAUGUGCGAUAAGAGCUGCUUGCAGGGUCUGCGGCUGUCCAUUCUGCUGGGUGCUGCUCUGAACGCUGCGGCGACGUGGCUGAAGGUGUUGGCCGUGGCUCCCGGCCGCUUCUGGCUGCUGCUGGUGGCGCAGUCGAUCGCCGCUGUCGCGCAGGUCUUCGUGCUCACCGUGCCACCCACCGUCGCCUUCCUUUGGUUCGGCGCCAACGAGGUGUCCACUGCCUGUGCGCUCGGCGUCUUCGGCAAUCAGCUGGGGGUAUCUCUGAGCUUCUUCCUAACACCACUCUUAAUAACGGACCACGAGAACGUAGAAGACAUCGGUUGGGACAUGAAAGUCUACUCUUACUCCAUCGCUGGAGGAUCCACGCUCGUCUUGUUACUGGUCAUCGCAUUCUUCCAGGACAAGCCGGCGACGCCGCCGAGCGUGGCCGUGGCGGUACGCGAGAUGUCGGCGUCGAAGCAGGGCGAGGCUGGCGGCGGCUCGUCGCUGGGCGUCCUGCGCCGCCUGCUGCGCUGCCCGCCCUUCCUGCUGCUCGUCGCUUCGCUCAGCCUCUGCUUCAUCGUCUUCAACGCCGUGGGCACCAUGCUCAACCCCCUCAUCCUACUCUACUUCCCGAACGGCGAGGCGUUUGCUGGCCGCGUUGGCCUUCUUUUUGUGGUCUCGGGCACCGCUGGGGGUCUCGUGUGUGGUUUCAUUCUGGACAAAACCCACAAAUUCAAGCACACAUCCGUUGUCCUGGUCGUGAUUCUCCUUGUGAGUAUGGUCGCUUUCACGUUCACUUUGUCUCUUGGAAAUCAUGCAGUCGUGUACGUCGUCUCAUUGUGUUUGGGGUUUUCGUCGGGCGGUUACUUCCCGGUGGGCAUGGAGUUCGUGUCGGAGCUGACGUACCCAGAGCCCGAGAGCAUCGCGAUGGCCCUGAUGAUGAUCGCAGUGCAGGCGGCGAGCUCGGCAGCCACAGUGCUGUACGGCUGGAUGCUGGGCGCCGUGGGAGACCUGUGGGCCAACGUGUUCCUCAGCGCGCUGCUGCUCGUUGCGCUCCUCGUCACCGUCUUCAUCAGGGAAGACCUGCGCCGACACCACGUCUCUCUCGCCGCCAACGCCCCCGAUCGCCAGGACACAGAAGAUGCUCGCAAAAACAGUUUCAGAGUCGACGGCCAUCACUGACAGGCCACGUCGCACCUUACAGAAUGUUCCCAUGGAAAGCCAGCUUUCGGCUCACUGAAUACGUGUUAUCUCAUGAAGAUGCAAGUGGAGAAGAGCAAUGUUUUGAAGAGUUUAUUCACACGAAAGAACCCCAUCGUCUAAAACGUGAAUUGAUGUCAAUAUUUCGAGAUGUUAUGGCCUUCUCAGUAGACUGAGAAAUGCUCGUGAAUUAUUCUGCGGCCACAUCACACUGUUUUCACAGUUAUCGAUAUUUAUUUUUGCGUACAUAAGCUUUUAUACUUAAAAGCAAGACUGUAUUUUAUGACAACUAAAUAUGU